AUGGCUUCAACGUCAGCCCAAUGUCCUGGUGUGGACCAGAGAUCGUUGUUGCUUGAGCUGAAAAACAGCCUCAUCUUCGACAGCUUCAAGUCCUCCAAGUUAGUACGUUGGGACCGAAGCACUGAUUCUUGGAGUGGUGUGACGUGUGAGGAUGGCCUCGUGGUGGGUCUCGAUUUGAGUAAAGAGUCGAUCUCUGGUGGAAUCGACAAUUCAUCGAGCCUUUUUAGGCUCGAGUUCCUUCAGAGCCUGAACUUGGCAUUCAAUGACUUCGACGACACGGCGAUUCCAUUGGACCUCGCGAAUCUCAGCCGCUUGGCACAUCUCAACUUGUCCAAUACUGGAUUCACCAUGCAUAUUCCUGCGGAGCUAUCGCGCCUAACAAAACUACGUACUCUUGAUCUUAGUUUUUUUUGCAAUGAUGACGAGCUUGUGCUAAACCUUGAGCGCAAUUUGAGCUCGCUAAUUGGGGAUAUGCGGGAGUUGAGAGAGCUGUACCUUGAUGGGGUCAUUCUAUAUACUGAGGGAAGUGAGUGGUACAACACCUUGUCUUCUUCAGUGCCGAAACUUGAGGUGUUGAGCAUGUCUUAUUGUUCUGUGUAUGGUCCUAUCGACCCUUCUCUUAUGAGUCUUGCAAAUCUGUCGGUACAAACACUUCAGAUUCUUGAAUUAUCAACCAACGAACUCCUUCAGGGUUCUUUGCCAGAAUUUCUAGAGAAUGGUUCUCUUAAAACAUUGGUUCUUAGUGACACGCAUAUUUCCGGGAGGCUCCCAGAUUCAAUUGGUAAUCUCAGGAAUCUGUCGAGAAUAGAACUAGCGAAUUGCAACUUUCAUGGAAAUAUCCCAAGCUCUUUCACCAAUCUCUUGCGAUUGUCUUAUUUGGACUUCUCAUUCAACAAUUUUACUGGUCCAAUUCCAUCGUUCAGCAAGUCCAAGAAUCUAACACAAGUCACUCUGUCCCACAAUAGUCUAAUUGGUCCGAUUGAUUCAACACAAUGGGAAUCCCUCUCGAGUCUUCUUAUUCUUGACUUGGGAUUCAAUUUACUUGAAGGGAAUAUUCCUUCAUCUUUGUUCACACAUCCAUCGAUUCGGGAGCUUUUACUUUCCGACAACCGCUUUUCUAGUCAAUUGAAGGGAUUUUUUGAUGCUCCAUCGCACAUGCUGCAAAAACUUGAUUUGAGCAACAACAAUAUAGGAGGAGAACUACCGACUUCUAUAUGGGAACUCCGAGGGCUCAACUACCUCUUGCUUUCUUCCAAUAAUUUUAGUGGCUCAUUCCAUAUUAAUUGGGUACAACAACUGAGAAAUCUUUCGAAUUUGGAUCUUUCCUACAAUCGUUUCUCCAUUGAUACCACAAAUACUGCUUCCCAAGCCUUUUCAUUCCCUAACCUUACAUCCUUAAAUUUGGCUUCCUGCCAGUUGACGACAUUGCCUCAGUUUUUGGCUAAUCAAUCCAAAUUGUCCUCCCUCGACCUCUCCAACAACUAUAUUGAAGGAACUAUACCGAGAUGGAUACCAAACAUCAUUUUCCUUACCCUCUCGAAGAAUAAUUUCCAUGGUUUCAUCCCACCAUCUAUUUGCAAAGCUAUUAAUCUUGAAGUUCUUGACUUAUCGCAUAACCAUCUGAGUGGAACUAUUCCUGAUUGUUUGAUGGAGUCCCUUGAUGGGCAGAUUCCGUUGUCGUUGGCAAGUUGCACGGCAUUGGAGUUUGUGAACAUUGGGGACAAUCAAAUAGACGGGACAUUUCCAUGCCAUUUCAUGGCUAUGUCACGUCUCCGUGUCCUUGUUUUACGAUCCAACAAAUUGUAUGGGGAAAUUGGAUGUCCGCAUAGUCACAACACUUGGCAAAUGCUUCAAAUCAUUGACUUGUCCUCAAACGACUUUGGUGGCACACUGCCUGUGAGUCUCCUUGCAUCUUUGGAGGCUAUGAAGGCUAAUAAGGACUUCAAUCAUUUACAAUAUCAGUUUCUUGAUUUCUAUGAUGAUGAGCUUUAUUAUGAGGAUACGAUGAGUGCAACCUUGAAAGAUCUACGGCUAGAACUCGUUAAAAUCUGGACUAUUUUCACAUUGAUCGACUUCUCGAGCAAUAAAUUGGAGGGUCUAAUACCCAAUACACUUGGAGAUCUCAAAGCACUUUAUGCCCUCAACCUAUCACACAAUGUCAUCUCGGGUUCAAUUCCUCCUAUAUUGGGGAAUUUGCAUAAGAUUGAGUCGCUGGAUCUAUCAGUGAAUUACCUUAAUGGAAGCAUACCACCUCAGCUUGCAAAUCUUGAUUUUCUUUCCUUACUAAACCUCUCAAACAAUCGGCUCGUAGGAAACAUCCCAACAAGCGGACAGUUUCUCACAUUUUCCAAGAGUUCUUUUGAAGGAAACCUCGGAUUGUGUGGGCUUCUGCUCAACAAAAGUUGCUCAAUUACCACGAAUGGGAUGGAAGAAGUUGGUGACAAUGGCGACGAUGAUGAUAGUGAGAAAAAGUGGUUUUACAUGGGCAUACCACUUGGGUUUGUCAUUGGCUUCUGGGUUUUUUGUGGUCCAUUAAUGUUUAUGAGAUCAUGGAGGUUUGCUUAUUAUAGAUUCUGGGAUAAAGUGCUAUUCAAAUUCUUACGUCCAUGA